UCCACAGUCAGUACAGCAAGUUCUCAGCCCGGCUCGGGUGCCACUGCCUUGUGGUCCAGCUCCGGAGCUUUUGCUUCCCGCGAGUCUUGUCUGCGCUCCUCACGGUCCUCAGCGCUGGGCCAGGGAGAAGUUCUUGUGGACAAGACCAAAGACCAUUGGCGGCUGCACGAUCUCUACCUUUCUGCCUCCGGUUUUCGAGAGUUCGGAACCCGUUGCAGAGAGAGUGAUUUAUGUUAUCGCAACCCUCUGACUUCAUUGAUCUUUAGUUUUUCUUUUCUGCUUCCUUAGACCGACUGCGGUCACAUCCCACAUUCUAGUCUGGUCCUUCAGCCUGUUUCAGGGGUUGACGGCCACCCUCCAGAGUGAGUGUUUCUGGUUGAGGGUGUUGAGAGGAGGAGACGUGACACCGUGGUCUCGGCAGGCACCCGUGUCCAGCCUCGGCAGCCAGGCCUGGUGGUAAGGUCUCGAUGUCCACCAAAGUGCCCAUCUAUCUAAAACGCAGCAGCCGCAAGGGCAAGAAGGAGAAGCUGCGGGACCUGCUGUCCUCGGACAUGAUCAGCCCACCGCUGGGGGACUUCCGCCAUACCAUUCACAUUGGUAGCGGUGGUGGCAGCGACAUGUUCGGUGACAUCUCCUUCCUGCAGGGCAAGUUCCACCUCCUGCCGGGGACAGCAAUCGAGGGGCCUGAGGAGGAUGGCACCUUCGACCUCCCCUUCCAGUUCACCCGCACAGCCACAGUGUGUGGGCGGGAGCUCCCGGAUGGGCUGUCCCCUCUGCUCAAGAAUGCCAUCUCUCUGCCUGUCAUUGGAGGGCCCCAGGCCCUCACCCUGCCCACAACCCAGGCCCCACCCAAGCCCCCUCGCCUGCACCUGGAGACCCCUCAGCCUUCUCCGCAGGAGGAGGGGAGUGUAGACAUCUGGAGGACUCCAGAGGUGGUUUCGCCCCGCAAUGGGCUGACCCCGGAUUCAGGGGGUGAAGAGGAGCCCUUCCUGUCCCACGCCAGUUCCCUGUUGUCCCUGCAUGUGGACCUGGGCCCCUCCAUCCUGGACGACGUGCUCCAGAUCAUGGACCAGGACCUGGACCGUGUACCGAUCCCUACAUAAGGCCUGCCACUGACCAGUUUGGGAGAUGCCAGGCGGCAGGGUGUGGACGUGACCCUGGCCUAGGAGCUGGGAUCCUGGGAUCCCACCUGUGUGCUCGCCGGCCAGCGAUGCUCAUCUUGAACCUUUGUUUCCCUCCCUCUCACCCUCCCCCAACGGACAGAGUGCGCCUCAUGGCUUUCCCUAACACCCCACCGAGGACUCCUGCAGAAGUCAGUCCAGAGCGCCCUGAGUGUCUCGGCCACUUGGACCCCCACCACCAACCGCCCCUCCUUCCCUCUCCUCAGACGAAGGUUCUGCUGAAGUGGGCUCUGUUCACGUCCUUCCACCUCGGCACUACCGGAGGCCCAGGUUCUGGGCAGGUAAAGAGGCAGGCAUGACUGACCAGGGGACUUGGGCCCUGGGCUGGCUAUCCUGGACCUUUAGGUUUGUGUUGGACUGGGAGUGUGGUGUCAGUGGCCAGAGGUGUCCUGCCUCAUCUCCUGCCUUGUCCCUUCCUCACAUGACCAGGGGAUUCUGGUUGCAAUAAAACCUGCUGCUACCGGUGGCUCAGCUCCCUGCGCCCUUGCCCAGGUUUUCUCCCGAAGGCAGGCAGUCUCCGUGAGCUGCAGGGCUUACCUGGGAGAGACCACCCCGGAGGGCCUUAUGGAAGGCAGGCCUUUCCCUCAGGAAGGUUGUACCUGAUUCAGUCAUGGCUAUCCUGACACUGAUUCCAGCAUUUGUCAGGUCACCAAACUCAGGUAGACUGAGGAUUGUGCCGGGUGUGGGUUCAAUCCCUGUCCAGGCAGUAGGCAUCUGUAAGGGGAGACCCGAGAGUCAAAGAAUAACCACAGGCCUAGUUCUUUGAGUCAAGCUUCUCCAGUUUUGGAGCACUCAGAGCACACACGAGGGAGAACGGGCAGGGCCUGGCAGGGACCCAACAGGCCAGUCAGACUCAUCCCACCAGAGGCUGUUACUGAGAUCUAAGGUGUGGAAGCAGAUAACUUGAAAACGUGAUUUUUAGACUCAAAGUCUCGUGGAUACAAGGCAGAUACAGUUCCUGCUUUCUCAGAGCUUAGUUCUUGUGGAGAGAAGAGUAUUAAAUUUGUAAACAAGUAAGAGAUGAUGCUAGCGGGACCAGCAGUUGGCAUAAUGGCCAUAUCACUGAACUCCCAUGUAGUCGACUGCAGUUUGAGUCCCAGACCCGGUGGCUUAAACUCA